AUGACUCCAAGACUCUACCUCUGGACCAAAAAACACGAGAACAGCAGGCACAGACAUGCCGGCGGCACCCAAGUUCCGCAAAUCACAAAAUGGGACAACGAGUGCGUCAGUGGACCAGGGUUUGUGCACUUUGCCGAGCUGGAGCACAGCGCUCACAACGGGGCUGUACAGUACGCACCACACGAUUACGGCUCAAAGGGUCCUCUUGCGCUGCUCGAGCUUCUGUGCAAAAGGGAUGGAAAAGAUGUGAUUCCGAUUGCAAUUUGCAUUCAGAUUUGCAACCACGCCAGAGUUACUCAAGCUACAUGGGGAGCCACGAAUUUCGGAUCAAGAAAUCCGAUUUUGUAUUUGUGCCGCCGCCACGAUCUGCGCGAAAGCGGAGGCUGGACGCCUGUGCCGAUCGCAGCCACCUGUAAGCGACCACCACUGACCGAAAAAUGUCCACCGAGCCGAGAAACACCAGGUUGCGCCUCUAACUUAGCUCAUGACGCUGCGACGUGGUGUCGGUGCAACUAUGACUUUUGGAGUAACGUAGCAUGUCCUUUUUUCAGCACACAGUUGGAUUGGUCCAUGCAGCGCCAAAGCGGAACACGGAAAACGCUCGGCUUUGCAUUUGUGAUCGCCAAGAGACGCGUCAAAGACGCGAAAGAAGAAUCAAGCUGGCGAGCCGAGCAAGUUGCCCAACUAGUCAAGUUUGAUCACAUAACGCAGCACGAGGAGGAUGGGUUGGUUUCAAAAUGCGCUCUGGCUGGUGGUCGAUAA